UUAAACUAUACUAAAAUAUGCUUUUAGAUCUUGUGAAGACUUUCCAAUUUCCUACUGAAGGAGACUACGGAGUCAGUUAUAAAGUGGCAUAUAUGCCGGAUGAUAAUGGAGUUCCAAAACAUACAUGCUUUCAAGUAAAUGGAACUGAAGAUUCUCCAGUAACUAUUCAAAGUUUGUUACCUGAUAUUUCAAAAUUUAAAUAUGCAGGUCAAGAACUUUGCCCAGUUGAAGAAAUUUAUAAUAGUGAACAUUGUGAAAAAUGGGAAUAUACUAUAACUGAAGGUUCUAAAGUUAAUAAAUAUAUAAUGUGGCUUCUUAGAAAAGAUAACGUAGUAGUACCAGUUCGUUAUCAUAUGAAAGGAUAUGAUUCAUUAUUGGGUUCUCAUUAUGAUAAAUAUGAUUUAAUAUAUGAGAAUUACAGUGCAGAACCUAUCAACCCAAUUAAUUUUGAAAUUGGUGAAAAUCUCACUUGCAGAGCUUUCCCAGGCCCUGGAGUUGAAUUUAUUUCUCUGCAUAAUCCAGCCAAGGAAUUUGUUGAUGGUGAAGAUAAGCAUGUUCAGGAUGCUUUUCAUAAUUUUAAAAAUACACAUAACAAAAAUUAUUCAAAUGAUAUAGAACAUUUGAAAAGAAUGAAUAUUUUCAGGCAUAAUUAUAGAUUCAUAAAUUCAAAGAAUCGGGCCGGUUUAUCGUUUAAAUUGGCAGUCAACCACUUGGCAGAUUUCACCGACGACGAAUUAUGGACUAUGAGAGGCAGAUUACCGACGACCGAAUAUAAUGGCGGCGAAGCGUUCGACGUAGAGUUAUACGAUAGAGACGUGCCAGAAAGUUUAGAUUGGAGAUUAUAUGGUGCCGUGACUCCAGUUAAAGAUCAAGCUAUCUGUGGCUCUUGUUGGAGUUUUGGAACCACAGGCACAAUUGAAGGAGCUUACUUUUUGAAGACAAAAAAAUUAGUUCGUUUAUCUCAGCAACAAUUGAUUGAUUGUAGUUGGAACUUUCAAAAUAACGGUUGUGAUGGUGGAGAAGACUACAGAGCGUAUCGAUACAUUAAAGAUGUUGGUGGCCUAGCAACCGAAGAUGAUUAUGGCUCAUAUAUUGGACAGGUUUGUUAAAAUUUAUUUUUAAUAAAUUUCGA